AUGAACUCUCUAGGCGAAACCUGGAACCUCAUGAAGAUCGGCUACCAGUUGAAGCAAGUCCGUGAACGUCUGGCCAAGGGCCUUGUCGACAAGGGUAUUCUGCGCACCGAGAAGCGCAACUUCCUCCUCUUCGAUAUGGCCACCCACCCCGUUGCCGACGGUGGCGCCAAGGAGGAGCUCCGCCGCCGUGUCCGCAACGUCCUCACACAGCGCACCGUUGUCAUCAAUGGAAACCAAUUCCUUCCCGAAAACCUCGAGUUUCGUUAUAUCCGCACCAUCGCCAUGGUAUGCGCGGCCUACGCUGCCAACGUCCUCGAAAACGCCCUCUCCUCACUUGGCCACGAGGCUCGUGAGAGGGCCUUUGCCCAGACGGACGACCUUCUCGCCGACUACAGCCAGUGGCCUUUUGGCAAGAAGGCGGUUGGGAACGGCGUCGGCGCGAAUUUGCCUACCGUUAUAGCCGAGGAGAUCAACGGCGCCAAGGAUCGGGAGUUGCAGCUUGAGGUUGUUGCCGCAUGCCUCAAUGUCUUCACCACCCUCGACUCUCUCCUCUAA